AAGUACCUAUUAUACUAUUAUGAAUUUGUUUUUUUUUUUUAUUUUAUAAAAAAACAAGAUAUAGAGAUAAUUGCUAUAAUGAUAGAAAACAAUCUCUAUAACUUAAUGGUUUAUCAUAAUACUGUCUAUAUGGAUUAUUUUUGAUAAAAAUUUCAGUUUGUUUAAUUGUGAACGAUCUUUUAAGGAUAAUGUUCAUAUAUUAAAAAAGAGAAGAUUAAAAUUCAAUUUGUUUCUAUAUCUUCAUUUGUAUAUAGCUAAUCCUAUAUAUGAAACUACCCCUCCCUAUUUUAUUCAAAAAAUAAAAGCUAAUCCUAUAUUUAAUUAUCUGUUGCAAUUUGCAAUUAAAAUAUCCAAAUGAACCCUUUCAAAAAAAAAUAUUUACUAAUAAAUAAAAAAAAUCCAAUUAAAAAAAAAAAUUAAAAAAAAAAAAUUUGAAAAAAACACGGAGGAAUUACUUGAAGUAAACGUAUUAGAUUGGCGGCAUAAACUUCCCAUAAAUGAAUAUGUAUAUAACAAGUAAAUUAUGGGCAAAAUAAAUAAUCAAUCUCCUAAAAAAAAAUCAUAAUUUUCUCUCAUCAAAUUCUAUUUUAUUUUAAACUAAAAGUUGUUAAGAAAAAACUAAUCGAAUUCUCCUACAUAACAGCAUAAUUUGGAUCCCUUUUUCAUAUUCUAAGAACCCUAAUCUCUCAAGUUUUUUUCAUCCCACAAAAUUUUUCAUUGCUCCCCCUCUCUAAAUUUUUUUUUUUUUUCGAAAAACAUUUGUGUAAGACCGUCUUAUAAUUGGUUGUCGAAGGCCAAAGGCCGAGAACGGUGUUGGGUUGAUCACAGAUUUGGUUCGUUUAAAUCGUAUUCGUAUUGAAGAUCAUGGCGCCAACAUUAUUGUAUGAUCCAAGCUUAAACAAUGUGUUUUAUCAUGAUCAAUGCAAUCAAUGUUUUCCUUUGUAACAAGUUUUUCUACGUGUGUCGUUUCGAGGAUUCGAUCUAUUUUAACGGAGUGAACGUUCGUUAGUCAUGUUUCGGAUCAUGGAGGAGGAAGGAGAUUUGGAUUUCUCGCAGUUACAGUAUGUUAAAAAACUGGCUCAAGGUGCAGAAAGCAGUAUAUAUUACGGUAUAUACCGCGACAGAGACGUGGCUGUUAAGGUAUUCAAGGAGAUCGAUGAUGAACGAGAAGAUCGUGAGUUACACGCAGAUCGAUUGAGGAAACAGUUUGAUCAGGAGAGGAAGAUACUGUUACGGCUUCGACACCCGAAUGUGGUGGAAAUUGUUGCAGCCUGCAGGCAGACAUCAGUUUACUGUAUUUUGACAGAGUUUAUGUCAGAGGGUUCUCUGAGGGCGUACUUGAACAGGUUCGAAAGGAGUAAAAUUAUGCUUCCUUUCGAGAAAGUUGUUGUGAUUGCGUUAGAGAUUGCUAGAGGGAUGGAGUAUGUGCACUCUCAAGGGAUUAUACAUCGCGAUAUAAAGCCUGAGAACAUCCUGAUUGAUCAGGGUUUUCGUCUGAAGAUUGCAGAUCUUGGUGUUUCCUGUGAGGCAAAAGGGUGUGAUUACAAAGAUGUAGGGACUUUUCGAUGGAUGGCACCGGAGAUGAUCACACGAAAAAAGUACUGCAGGAAGGUUGAUGUGUAUAGUUUCGGGUUGUUGUUGAAUGAGAUGGUUUCAGGGAGUACUCCUUUUGGUAAUUUGAGUCCGGUUCAAGUUGCUUAUGGCGUUGCUAACAAGAACUUGAGGCCUGAGAUUUCUAAGGACUGUCCUGAGUUUAUGAGGCUGCUGAUCGAACGGUGUUGGAGCAAGAAUCCUAAGAAGAGGCCUGAGUUUUCGGAGAUUGUGAAUGUUUUGGAGAAGUUUGAAGGAUUUCAGGAUGAUAAUGAAGGGAAUGCGAAGAUGUUGCAGCAAUGUGUAAAACAGAAUCAUCACAAGAAGGGGUUGUUCCACUUGAUUCGAAAGCUUUGUAUAUUUCCAUGACUUGGGGAAAUUGGUUUUUGUUUUCCUUGAGUGUGAUUCAAUUGAUUAGGUGUUUUGUUAGAUUCUCUUAACUUGUUAGUUUUUCUUGAUUAGAAACUCAAAAAGUUGUAAAUACAAUCAUCUCUUUAAGUUUUUCUAUAAAGAUUUUGGAAUAUUUUGAUUCAAAGAUGUAUUGAAUGAAGACCCCAAUUA